AUGUCUACCCCCUCGAAGCACUCCGACCUUUGGCGAGCUGAUGAUUCUGAAGAAGACCCAAUCUUUGGGGGUACUGCAGAGCUCAGCCUGCGGCUUGAUGAAGCCGCUGCCACCACCCCGAAUGCGCCAGCUGUUCAUCCACCACUGCCUCUAAGGCCGGCCGUGCCUCAAGACCAACAGCCGCGGGUAGCUGAGGGCGAGGCCACCUCCAUCUCGCAGGACACGAGGCCCUCGCCUGAAGCCAGUCCUACAAGGAACGAAGCUCCCCCUCCUCCGUCACCACAAGCUUCCUCCCCCCCUCCUCGCCGACGUCGCCGACGUCGCCGUGGCAGAAGGACUGCUGCUUCUGGACAAGAGCCCUCUGGAACGCCUGCUUCGGCGGCUUCACACGGCGUCGGCUCCUCUGCCACUGUGGCUGCGACCACGGCCGCGAAUGGUGUCCGUUUGCUUGCUCCAGGCAGUACCAACCGGCAUGGCAUCAGACCCGAGAUCUGGAAUCUGAUAGCAGCUGGACUUAGACCGGAAAACGCUGAUUUCGGGAACUCCCUCUUCGACGACAUCAUUUCGGCGCCACCUCACCAACCAGAAUCCGAAUCAGGGCCAGAACCGACGCCCAAGAGGCGCAGGAGGUGA